AUGUACGGGCCGCUGCCACGCUGCAUGUUUGACUUCCUCGGACUCAACUACCUCGACGUGCGCAACAACUCGUUCUACGGCACCAUAAACCGCGACUUCAAGGGCAUGAACAACCAGCCCACAGCGCAGAACCCCAAACCCGCCGCGCUCAACCUCGCGUCCAACUACUUUUACGGAGAGCCCUUUGUGUAUGCCGCUGGUAGCAUGAUCUGCCCGACACCCGUCAUUCGCGACAUUGACUACCACGAUAUAGCCUCCAUAGGGGCGACCGCAGGCGGGGUGGUGGCGGCAGAUUCAACUUCCGGGCGGCAGGACUAUCGGGUGUCUGUGGCGUAUGAGAAAGGGCAGGCGAGUCUGCUGCAGAACUGCCUGGCAGUGCGCGGCGAGGCGGGGUGCCUCGUGAACGAGACGCAGCGGGCGCCGGAGGAGUGUGCAGCGUUUUGCAGCAUCACGGAGAGUGGCGUGUGCAACGGGGUGGGGGACUGCGUGCCGCCUGAGCCGGGGAGCAGCGGGCAGGGCUUCACGUGCCGCUGCAAUGCGCCGUAUUCCACUGUGCCUGCUGCCAAUGGCAAUGGCUCCUCCUGUGCAAUUCAGACCACCAAGUCCUCGCUGUCAACGGGGGCGAUAGUGGGCAUCUCAGUGGGGUGCUUCACGGGACUUGCUCUCAUUGCCGCGGUGCUCGUCAUCAUGCUCCGCAAGAAGAAGAGACGAGUUUUCCAUAACCACGAUGCACAAAGCCCUCAUGUCCGCCUCUCAAUCGCCUCUAACGCUCCCUUCCUUCCCCCACAUGCGCUUCCCACUCUCCUCCCCACCCCGCCCUCCCAACCUCUCCUCUCCCCAGGCCGAUGGGACGACCUGGAUGUGUGUCAGGAGUUCUCCAUCGCCACGAUACGCAAGGCCACCAACGACUGGGCGGAGGGGAACGUGCUGGGCGAGGGGGGCUUUGCUGUCGUGCGGGCGAUGGCGAGUCUGAACCACAAGAACCUGGUGCGGCUGCUGGGGUUCUGUCUGGACAUGAACGUGGAGAGCGGCAAGCAGGAGCAGAUCCUCGUGUACGAGUUCGUGCCACACCGCGACUUCCAGUACCACAUCCACAAGCCCAAGCGCCCGUUGAACCUGCGGCAGCGGUUGAAGCUGGCGGUGGGGGCAGCGGAGGGGUUGGCAUAUCUGCACGGCUUUGAGAAUCCCAUCAUUCACCGCGACAUCAAGCCAGCCAACAUCCUCGUUGGGGAAAACCUCACAGCCAAGAUCGCAGAUUUUGGGCUGCUCAAGACGCUCAAGGUGGGGGAUGAGACCGCAACCAGGGUGGCGGGCACACCGGGCUAUGUGGACCCGGAUUACAAUCGCACCCAGAUGGUCACCACCAAGAGCGAUGUGUACAGUUUUGGGGUGGUGCUGCUGGAGAUGCUGACAGCGCGCAAGGUCACCAUGGGCGGCAGCUCCCACAUCGGCAAAUGGGCGAGCAAGAUGGUGGCAGAAUACACGCUGGACGAUCUGAGGGACAAGUCGCUGGAGAUUCCCGAGGAGGCCAUUGUGGAGUGGGCUGACCUGGCCCUUGACUGCAUCAAGGCGCCCGGGUCGCGGCGGCCUGAGAUGAAGGACGUGGUGAGGCGGCUGGAUCACCUGCUGCAAACCUACACGGAGGAGUAUGAGGGCGAGAAUGACCUUGGUGGGAUUGUUUCUGGGUUGAGCAGCAGCGCGAGCGAUGCGGGGCUGAGGAGCCAGGCUGGCACGAGCUCAGCCGUUGGAUCGGGAAUGAGCUUCCCAUCUUCCGGGGUGAUGCAUUCGUCGUUUAACAGCACGGUGCAGAGCGGUGUGAUGAGUAAGGCCCCGGUGAGUGGUAUCAGCGAGGUAUCGGGUGUGAGCAUGGCAUCGGGUAAGAGUGGGGCGGCUGGCUCGAGUACGAGAUCAAAGCUGAUGAUGUCUGUGGCGUCUGCACUGGGCAUGAGUGAAGGGGAGAUGGCGGGAGGGGAGGGCGGUGGGGAUAGUGCAGUGAUGCAGCCAGCAGGCGGGAAGACGGCUGGUCACAGCCUUCAGAGCCUCUUGAGUGUGAAGGAGGUUGAGGGGAGAUGA